ACAGGGCUGGCCGCCCCGGCGUCCGGUCGGGCCGGGGUGGGGCUGAACACCGAGACGCUGAGCGCCAUACAGCAAAUGAUCGGUGACGGCAUACAAAAGGUCAUUUCUGCGUUUGAGGCCAAAUUUGAUCGGCUUGAAAAGAGGAUCUCCAUUCUUGAGGGUGAAGAAAUGAAUCGCGACAUAGAAAUCAGAAGAUUAUCUGAACAAUUAGAGAUGCAAGUUCACGUCAAUAUUGAGCUGCAGAAGCAGGUAGAAUCCAUGGACAUGAACGGGCGGAUGACUUCGCUGAUUUUCACCUGCUCGGACUUCGGGAAGCGUCGGCCAAAUGAAGAGAUCGAACAACAAGUCGUUGAUGUUAUCAACAAACGCGACCCGGACAUCCGCUUGACCGCUGCAGACUUACAGACCGCACAUCGCCUUCAGGGCGACGACAAAGUGAUCGUGAAGUUCGCGAAACAGCGGGUACGUGACUCUAUUUAUGAACGCCGCUUCUCCAUGAACUCCGGCAGUGCUCACUCAGCGCGCAAGGAAAGGCUGUCACCUCUUUAUGUAAAUGAGAGCCUGACCCCGAGCAACAGAGCAAUUUAUAAUGAACUCCUCGAGGCUCGUAAGCCCUGUAACGGUGCGAAAAUCGCGUCGGUGUUCACUCGACGUGGCGUUGUGUUCUGUCGGCGUGUGAAACGUGGCGACAAUAUCAUGGUUGCUGAUCAAGCCGCCCUCCGGCGAGUCUUGGACGGCUCCCGUUUCUCGACUCGGCACCGUGGCCGCCCGCCGCCGCCCUCUGUUCACUCGGGCGUCCUCCCUGCGGUGGGUGCCUCCGGCGGAAAAGCGGCGUCAUCGCCGUAUGUACGUUCGGCCGGGCCCGGUAAGGGAACAUCAACGCCUUCGUCUUCAUCCGGUGCCCCACAGCCGGGUUCUACUGCAGCGCAAUCCUGUGCCGCGUCAAACUCCGAGCCGGUGUCGGCCGCGAGGCCGUCGACGGAGUCGCGCGGUGAGGUGCCGAACAGUCCGGCGGUCGCCGCUUCUGGAGACCCGGUGACGUCAGUCGUCUGAGCCCGGUGAGACCG